AUGUUUGUCAAUUUGUCGAAACGGUUUGCCAUAGAUGGUGAAAAACAAACUUCGGCACAGAAGAACCAAUGUAAUGACUCCCAGACUCAGCAAAAAGGCCCCGAGCAAUCCGUAAACGCCAAUUCACCACACUCAGCCAACUCUGAGAUUCUCUCCGCGGUCCAAGCAACGUCUCAAAUGAUUCUCAAGGUGAUGGCCGCCUUCAAAUCGGCAUGCAAUAUACGCUGUGGAGAAGAAGAUGUGACCUGA